AUGCCUAUUUCAAUCGGUCUCGAGGGCUCUGCCAACAAGCUGGGCGUCGGUGUAAUCCUCCAUCCACAUUCCUCUCCGCCAUCACCACACGACAGCGCUCACUCCGACGAUGAAUUUCCCUCGUGUGCUACCAAGAAAGUCGACCGCCAACCAGUACGCAUCUUGAGCAAUCUACGCCAUACAUUCAACGCUCCUCCCGGAGCUGGUUUCCUUCCAAAAGACACAGCGGCACACCACCGGAGAUGGGUAGUAAGACUUGUAAAGCAAGCAAUCAAGCAGGCAGGCGUAAAAAUCUCCGAUAUCGACUGUAUAUGUUUUACACAAGGGCCGGGCAUGGGAGCUCCGCUUUCCGCUGUUGCGAUUGCAGCGAGAAUGCUCUCACAACUGUGGAAUAAACCUCUGGUUGGGGUGAACCAUUGCGUUGGGCACAUUGAAAUGGGAAGAUCGAUUACUGGAGCGGAUAAUCCUGUGGUACUGUACGUCAGCGGUGGAAAUACUCAAGUUAUUGCGUACUCGGCGCAAAGGUAUCGCAUAUUUGGAGAAGCGUUGGAUAUUGCAGUCGGGAAUUGCUUGGAUCGAUUUGCAAGAGUGUUGGAGAUCCCCAAUGACCCAGCGCCUGGCUACAACAUUGAGCAACUGGCGAAGAAAGGCAAAGCCCUAGUGGAGCUACCAUAUGCUGUCAAAGGCAUGGAUGUCUCAUUCUCGGGUAUUCUGGCCAGAGUAGAGGAGAUGGCUGGCAAGCUUGGCGCCGACUGGAAGGAUCCGGAGACUGGAGAGGUUAUCACUAGAGAGGAUCUGUGCUUUACAUUGCAGGAGACUGUCUUCGCCAUGCUGGUAGAGAUAACAGAGCGCGCCAUGGCUCACGUGGGAAGCUCGCAGGUCUUGAUCGUUGGUGGCGUGGGGUGCAACAUCCGGCUACAGGAAAUGAUGGGCCUGAUGGCGACCGAGAGGAGAGGAAGCGUAUACGCCACAGAUGAGAGAUUUUGCAUCGACAACGGCAUAAUGAUUGCCCACGCUGGACUGCUACAAUACGAGAUGGGGUACCGGACCAAGCUGGAGGACAGCAUGUGUACUCAGCGAUUCAGGACCGAUGAAGUACUGAUUAACUGGAGAGACUGA